GUUCACAAGUUGUAGGGGGGAAGUGGGGAGUGGUUCCUGGGAUACUUUAAACUAAAUUUUAAAACAUAGAGAAUAUUCACCUUUCUUCAAAAUUCCACUAUAAAUUUCUGCUGAGAGACGAAAAGAGCGAGCGAGAGAGGGAGAAGAUGAAGAAGGACUGGCAUCCACUGUUGAGAGGGAAAAGAGAGGGAAAAUACAGACAUGGGUUCUCAUCAGCAGAGAUGAUAACACUAGGAAGCAUAUGUGAAGCUGCGUUUCCACCAAUUCAUAUUGAUGAAAAGGAACCUCAACCAAGCAAGGCUGUGAAAGAUUUCUUUAGAGCUUCUGGUGCUCACAACUCUAUACCUGAUGAGCUUGCAGAACUUGUGGUGCAGAGGGGGUUCAUAGAAAUCGUGAUUGUGAUGAGAUUGGUGUUGCUGAUUCUUUCAACUAGAGUUGGGACACUGUUGCUGUGCGGGUCUCUUUGUUUAGGUGAAAAAUGGCCUUACAUCAAUAGUUUCUCGAGCAUGUCAUUGGAGAAAAGAGAAAAAGUUUUGCAGAAGUGGUUCAAGCACAGGUUUUUCACGCCCAUUAGAGUUGGGCUCAUUUUCCUUAAAGUCGGCUGCCUUUAUGUUUUCUUCAAUCGGGUGGACGAAAAUGGUGAGAACCCAUCAUGGGAAGCCAUCGACUACAAGACGAAGAGUGAUAAAAAUCCAACCCAAGUUCCAAAUGAGAGGCCUCUUCAAGAAGGAGUAAUAGAAACUAUGUUUGAAACUGACUCCACUCUUGUCGACAACCUUACACAGAAAGGACUGGAAGUUACAAAAGAUCCUGGACACAACCUCUACAAAAUCAAUUGUGAUGUUGCCAUUGUGGGCUCUGGUUGUGGAGGAGGUGUUGCUGCCGCUAUGCUUGCAACUUCCGGCCAAAAGGUGGUUGUUCUGGAGAAAGGGAACUAUUUCACUGCCAAUGACUAUUCUGGUCUGGAAGGCCCUUCCAAGAAAGAGCUAUAUGAAUCAGGGGGAGUCCUUCCGACUGUUGAUGGGAAAGUGAUGAUAUUGGCAGGAUCAGUAGUUGGAGGAGGUUCUGCUAUUAACUGGUCUGCAUGUAUCAACACACCAAAGCCUGUACUUAAGGAAUGGGCUGAGAAUCACAAACUUCGUCUCUUUGGAAGCUCUGAAUAUCUUGCUGCCAUGGAUACUGUCUGUAAGAGAAUUGGAGUUACAGAGAACUGUAUAGAGGAGGGGUUUCAAAAUCAAGUACUUAGAAAAGGGUGUCAGAAACUUGGCUUUGAAAUCAAUUCAGUCCCUCGAAAUUCCUCAGAGAAACAUUACUGUGGAAGUUGUGGUUACGGUUGUCAACAAGGAGACAAGAAGGGGACUGAUUCUACAUGGCUGGUUGACGCUGUUAAUCAUGGCGCAGUAAUCUUAACAGGAUGCAAGGCAGAGAGAUUCAUUUUAGAACAUAACAAGAGUGGAAGUAAAAGGAAAAAGAAAUGCCUGGGAGUUAUGGCAAGAUCACUGAACAAUAACAUUUCUAUGAGAUUCCAAAUUGAGGCCAAAGUAACAAUCUCUGCAUGUGGAGCUCUUCUUACCCCACCUUUAAUGAUUGCUAGUGGAUUGAAGAAUCCAAACAUCGGUCGUAACCUUCAUCUCCACCCAGUUCUAAUGGCCUGGGGCUAUUUUCCGGAUUCAAAUUCAGAGCUCAAGGGGAAAUCCUACGAUGGAGGAAUAAUUACUUCAGUUCACAAGGUGGUAGCAAAAGACUCUACUACAAGGGCCAUCAUAGAAACUCCUCAACUCGGACCAGCAUCGCUUGCUUCAUUGAUUCCUUGGGAGUGUGGACGAGACAUAAAGAACAGAAUGCUUAGAUUCUCCAGAACUGCUCACUUGAUAGCGAUAAUCAGGGAUCAGGGUUCUGGCCAAGUUAAAGUGGAAGGACGAGUAAGCUACAACUUAAAUGCAUUGGAUAGAGAAAAUCUCAAGGCUGGCCUGCGGCAAUCACUGAGGAUUUUAGUAGCUGCUGGAGCUGUCGAAGUGGGUACGCAUCGAAGUGAUGGGCAGAGAAUAAAAUGUGAAGGGAUUAGCAACAAGGAGCUUGAAGAAUUUCUAGACAGAGUUGCUCCAUGUGGAGGGCCAUUAACACCAGUGAAGGACUGGAUGAUCUAUACCUCAGCCCAUCAAAUGGGGAGUUGCAGGAUGGGCAUUAAUGAAAAAGAAGGUGCAGUUGAUGAGAAUGGAGAGAGUUGGGAAGCAGAAGGCCUAUUUGUCUGUGAUGCAAGUGUUCUCCCAAGUGCUGUCGGAGUCAACCCUAUGAUUACUGUCCAGUCCACUGCUUACUGUCUCUCUAAGAGAUUGGCAGAGUCUUUAAGGAGAGAACAGUAAUAUACACAAGCUGCAAAGGCAAAACGCAUAAACUUCAGCUGGGGAUACUGUAUUGUGUCAGCUUAUAAUAAUGUUUCUCUAAUCUAAGCUUUUUAAGCUGUCCACUUGUGAUGUUUGCUUCAGGAAGCCUGUGCAAAUAAAGGAGACUUGUCCA